UGAUGAAACUUUGCCGCAUUGCAAGUGCAGAGCAGAGGAGCACAGAAGAUUGACUGUUUAUACACACAUACGUAGCACCACACAACGCAGAGAUAAUGUCGAAACGUGGGCAACCGGCGUGGCAAGCUCCCAAGGCUGCGGAUCGGCCGAAACUGAAGCUGUUCAACAGCCUUACCCGGCAGAAGGAGGAGUUCGUGCCGCUGGACGGAAACAAUGUAACGUGGUAUAGCUGCGGACCCACCGUCUACGAUGCCUCCCACAUGGGGCAUGCCAGAUCUUACAUUUCCUUCGACAUUCUGCGGCGCAUUCUGGCCAACUACUUUGGCUACAACAUCCACUAUGUGAUGAACAUCACGGACAUCGACGAUAAGAUCAUCAGGCGGGCGCGGCAAAACCAUCUCUUCGAGGAAUAUGCCAGGGAGGCGGCCAAGCUGCCCCUAGAUCAGCUGCUGGGUCAGCAGAAGGAGGUGCUGCAGCUAUUCCAGCAGACUUGCGCCAAGAACACCGAUCCCGACAAGAAGAUCAUGCUGGACAAGACGCUGCAGCGCAUGAACGACGCCGUGGAGGCUCUGACCAAGGCGGUGGCCAAGGGAGUGGAGCAGGAGAUCGCCGAGAAGCGGCAGCAGUACCUAAACGAGGCCAAGGACCCCAUUUCCGAGUGGCUGGACUCGCAGAAGGGCGCCCAGAUCAACGAUAACGCCGUGUUCGAGGCACUUCCACGCUACUGGGAAGACCAGUUCCACAAUGACAUGAAAUCGCUGAAUAUUCUGCCGCCAGAUGUUUUAACCCGGGUUUCGGAGUAUGUGCCACAGAUUGUCACCUUCAUCCAGAAAAUCAUCGAUAAUGGUUUGGCCUAUGCAGCCAAUAACUCAGUAUACUUCGAUGUGAAUGGCUUUGACAAGAGGGAGAAGCAUCACUAUGCCAAGUUGGUGCCGGAGGCAUAUGGCGACACCAAAUCGCUGCAGGAGGGCGAGGGCGAUCUGUCCGUGGCUGAGGAUCGCCUGUCCGAGAAGCGGUCUGCCAACGACUUUGCUUUGUGGAAGGCCAGCAAGGCCGGCGAACCCUGGUGGGAUAGUCCCUGGGGCAAGGGUCGUCCUGGUUGGCAUAUUGAGUGCUCGGCCAUGGCCUCCGAUAUCUUUGGGCCCAACUUCGACAUACACACUGGCGGUGUAGACCUCAAGUUCCCCCAUCACGACAAUGAGCUGGCUCAAUCGGAGGCGGCUUUUAACGAGUCCGAGUGGGUCAAGUACUUCCUGCACACGGGCCACCUCACCAUAGCCGGCUGCAAGAUGUCCAAGUCGUUGAAGAACUUUGUGACCAUCCAGGAGGCCCUCAAGAAGCACUCCGCCACCCAGCUGCGACUGGCCUUUCUGCUGCACUCUUGGAAGGACACGUUAGACUACUCGGAGAACACCAUGGAAAUGGCCACGCAAUACGAAAAGUUCCUCAAUGAGUUCUUCCUGAACGUCAAGGAUCUGACGCGCCACGUCCUCUCCGAUGAGCCUCGAAAGCAGUUUGAUGCCUGGACAGAAGUUGAGGCGGCCCUGCAAAAGAAGUUCGCCAAUUCCCAGGUGCAGGUGCAUGCAGCUCUCUGUGAUAACGUUGAUACUCGCAGCGCCCUGGACGCCAUUCGGGAGCUGGUCUCCGCCUCCAAUGUCUACAUUCGAGACAAUAAGACCCAACUCAACAGCCUGCUGCUCCGCAAUGUGGCCACCUACAUUACGGAUCUGCUUCACGUAUUUGGCGCCAUUUCCGGACCUCGCGGUGGCAUUGGGUUCCCCGUCAGUGGUGGCUCCGGAUCCCAGGCAGCUGGUGCUGACCUGGAGACGACGGUGCUGCCUUACGUUCAAUCCCUUGCCGAAUUCCGUAACUUGGUGCGGGAGCAGGCCAAAACCCUAAAAGCCUUCGACAUUCUCAAGCUCUGCGACGAUCUUCGGGACAUUGUGCUGCCCAAUUUGGGUGUGCGACUGGAGGACAAGGAUGGCGGCCAGUAUGCCGUCAAGCUGGUUGACCGCGACUCACUUUUAAGGGAGCGGGAGGCCAAGCUGGCUGCCGAGGCGGAGAAGGCGGCGGAAAAGGAGCGCAAGAAGCAGGCGGCAGCCGAGGCUGCAGCGGCCAAGGAAGCCCAGCGUCGCGUGAACCCCAAGGAAAUGUUCCUCGGUGAAACGGAAAAGUACUCAGCAUUCGAUGAAAAUGGCCUUCCCACUCUCGACAAGGAGGGCAAAGAAGUCAGCAAAGGGCAGAUCAAGAAGCUGCAGAAGCUGCAACAGCAGCAGGAGCAACGUUACAAAGAGUAUUUGGCAUCCAUCAAAGAAGCCUAAGGCCUAAGAUCAGAACAACCAUGUUUAUGAUAUUAGCAUAGCAUUUAAACGAUCCGAAAACCUUAAUGCACACCUUAAAAUUUACCAUUUAGUUAAAGCAAGAGAUGUCAGAGUUCCCAGCUUAAAGCAGUCAGCUAAUAAACAUAUUUUUCUACGAUAA